GAAGACAAGGAAGGGGGCUGUGCGUGUGCGCUGACGGGCUGAGCCAUGCUGCUUCUCCUGGGUCUGUUACUGAUCGGACCACCAGCCCAGGCUGAAGAGUCCAAGUGCACGCUGCUCGGCAGAGCACAACUUCCCGAACUUUCCAAGGAUGGGGAUAUGAUUAUCGGAGGAAUCUUUUCAUUUCACACUGGACAAGAAGCUGAUAUACAGUCCUUUAAAAUAAUCCCAAAACCACUGCCAUGCAAAAAUGUAAAUUUCAGAGAAUUUCAGUUUGCUCUUACGAUGAUUUUUGCAAUAGAAGAAAUAAACAGAAAUUCAGAAAUGCUACCUCAUGCAUCCCUGGGAUACAAAAUUUAUAAUGACUGUGGCACUUCAAACAUUAUGAGAGCUGCUUUGGCUUUGGUGAACGGCCAAGAUCAAGCAAUCCACAGCAAUAACUGCACUGAACCAGGCACAGUUCAAGCUAUAAUAGGCCACUCAGGAUCAACACCAACUAUUGGAUUUGCUACAGUAAUUGGAAGGUUUCAUAUACCAGUGGUAAGUCACUUUGCCACCUGUGCAUGUCUGAGUAACAGAAAAGAGUUUCCCACCUUCUUCAGGACCAUUCCUAGUGACUAUUACCAGAGCAGAGCACUUGCCCAGCUGGUCAAACACUUUGGCUGGACCUGGGUGGGGGCUGUAAGUAGCAACAAUGACUAUGGAAUCAAUGGCAUGGCCACUUUUAUGCAAGUGGCUCAACAAGAAGGUGUGUGUGUUGAGUAUUCUGAGGCGUUUGACAGUACUGGUCCAUACAAUGUGCUUCUCAGGAUAGUCAACAUAAUAAAACGCUCCACCUCAAAGGUCAUCAUGGCCUUUAUGACACACCGGGAAAUCAAAGUGCUGGUGGAAGAGACCGAGCGACAGAACAUUACUGACAUACAAUGGAUUGGCAGCGACGCCUGGAUCACAGACACUUCCCUUACAAACAGCAAGGGCAACAAGGCACUCGUCGGGGCAAUAGGAUUUGUAGUCAGCAAGGCACAGAUACCUGGCCUGCAGAACUAUCUCCAGAGACUCCACCCAUCACACUUUCCUCAGAGCUCUUUUGUCAGAGAAUUCUGGGAAAUUGUGUUCAACUGCACAUUGGCCACUGGAAGCAAGAAAUACCAGAAAAGACCCUGUAAUGGCUCUGAAAAUCUACAAAAUGUGCAGAACCAGUUCACUGACGUCAGUGAGCUGCGUUUCACCAACAAUGUGUACAAAGCUGUGUAUGCUGUGGCUCACGCACUGCACAACCUGUACACCUAUGAGCACGGCUAUGGUCUUGAUUCCAGUAGCACACUGCCGCCAUGGAAGGUUUUACACUACCUGCAAACUGUAAAUUUCACACUAAAAACAGGAGAAGAAGUACUUUUUGAUAGCAACGGAGAUUCACCAGCCAGAUAUGAUUUGAUAAAUUUACAAAAUUUGGAUGAGAGCACCAUACAGGUGGCCACAAUUGGUUACUAUGAUGCAUCGUUACCAAAAGGACAACAGUUUAUCAUGAACAACACCAACAUUGUCUGGGGAGGAGGCAGCAAAGAGGUGCCAGUGUCAGUGUGCAGUGAGAGCUGUCCCCCAGGAACCCGCAAGGCCGUGCAGAGAGGAAAGCCUGUCUGCUGCUACGACUGUGUACCCUGUGCAGAAGGGGAGAUCAGCAAUACUACAGAUUUAGCAGACUGCAUCAAGUGCCAAUCUGAAUACUGGUCCAACAUCAGGAGAGAUGCCUGUGUUUUAAAGGAAAUUGAAUUUUUGUCUUAUGGAGACUUGAUGGGACUUCUCCUAGCACUACUUUCCUUAAUUGGAGCCUUUUUUACCACUGGAGUAGGACUGAUAUUUUACUAUCACAGACACACGCCCAUCGUCAGAGCCAAUAACACUGAGCUGAGCUUCCUGCUGCUCUUUUCCCUGACCCUCUGUUUCCUCUGCUCACUCACUUUCAUCGGCCGACCCUCUCACUGGUCCUGUAUGCUGCGCCACACGGCGUUUGGGAUCACCUUUGUCCUCUGCAUCUCUUGUAUUCUGGGGAAAACAAUAGUGGUGUUAAUGGCCUUCAGGGCUACACUCCCAGGCAGUAAUGUCAUGAAAUGGUUUGGACCUUCUCAGCAGAGGCUCAGUGUCCUUGUAUUCACUCUCAUACAGGUGCUAAUUUGUCUGCUCUGGUUAACAUUAUCCCCUCCUUUCCCCAACAAGAACAUGAAGUACUACAAAGACAAGAUCAUUCUAGAGUGUGAUGUGGGGUCAGCAGUGGGCUUCUGGGCUGUGCUGGGGUACAUUGGUCUCCUCUCUGCCCUGUGCUUUGUACUGGCUUUUCUGGCCAGGAAGCUGCCGGACAACUUCAAUGAAGCCAAAUUCAUCACCUUCAGCAUGCUCAUAUUCUGUGCUGUCUGGGUCGCCUUUAUCCCAGCUUAUGUCAGCUCACCUGGGAAGUUCACCGUGGCUGUGGAAAUAUUUGCCAUUUUAGCCUCAAGCUCUGGUUUGCUCUUCUGUAAUUUCAUACCAAAAUGUUAUUUCAUAAUAUUUAAACCUGAAAAGAACACGAAAAAGGCUUUAAUGGGAAAGGCAUACAAAUAAAUAUCAAUACAUGAUGCACAUCAGAUGCAAGGUUUUCAAAUGGGCAAACAAUAUUAUUCAGAAAAUAUUAAAUAUUAAAUAUAAUUUUUUUUCUAUUUAAAAUUUUGGUGCCUGGCCAAUAUUUACAAAUAACUCAUUUACUUAUUUGGAUUAUGUUAAUAUAAUCCAUUAAAAUGUGCAUAUAUUUUAACUGCAGUUUGAAUAUUUAAAGCAUUUAAAUAUCUAGCUUAAAGGUCCCUAUAUGAACUUGCCAAUUUCAGUAAGUGUUUGCAUCAUUAAACAUUGUGCUGCUGGCUGCUUAACAUUACUGCAUGGAAGAGUGACUACUGAUUAUUCUACCACUCUGUAAUCUGUCAAAUGAAUAUAAACACUUCAUUACUGUUCUAUACAGGCUCCAGCUUAAGUAUGCUACGUAUAAGAAAUUAUCAAAAAAAUAUUAAAUAAUGGUAAAAUACUAAAACAAUUAAUCAUUACAACUGGCAAAAUCAUUCAACAAAAUCUAAUCUGCAUUAUAUGAUAUAUUUUGUUAGCAAAGUGCUUCUUUUCACAGUAUAGUUUAAAAAUACAGGCAGCAAGAGAAGAGCACCAU